AUUUGGAGGGAAGAAAUUUAAUAGGCUACAAUACAAGUCCCGCGGGUCAUUCAUUUCCCUGCAGCUUGUACGAAAUAUUAGGAAGUUAAAGUAGUUUCAUCAGUCAUCCUACAUUCCUUGUUUGUAAUAUCAGAGCAGAGAGAGAGAGAUUGGGGGAGGGAGAGAGAGAGAGAGAGAGAGAGAGAGAGAAAGAGGGAGAGAGAGGGACAGGGAGAGAAGCGUACAGUCUCUAUUCUCACUCAAUUAGAAAACUCCAUGCAGACUGUUGGUUUUUUGGAGGUUAUACCAAUGGACACUGUUACAGCAGCAUCGGUUGCGUUAUGCUCCCCUUUCAUUAAAGAAUAUAUGGAAACCUUACGACAGAAGAAGUUCUACAGUGAUCAUGGCGGACAUUAAGAGAAUGACAAUCACGCCGGACUGCAUCUACUCCACCGUCAACAGGGUAAAUAAGCGUUUUGCUCAGCAGAGAAGUGAUUCACAUAUCUCUUCAGGAGAAAACAAGAGCGCUGGGAAAAGAAGAGAGGGCUCACCAAAAAAACCCUUCACCCAAUUAGACAACCUGUGCAACCAGUGGGGAGAAUCCCCCAUGAUGGCUCACAGGAGGCCGAGCUUUGACCCCCACAGCAGUGAAAACACCCUCGCGGUGAGCAACAAGUUGCCCAAAUCCAAUGGAGGCAACAUCAAGGAUAAGAUUUCCCUGUGGGAGGGGAAGGAACCCACGCAUUCACCCAUUACCUCUUUGGGCCAGUGCGCCAGCAUAAAAAAGACAGAAUCCAUCACUAAAAACAGUAAAACCUCCGAUGGACCCAGUGCAGAGAGUUGCUGGAGAGUCGCUCAUACGGAAAAGGGAAACCCCGGUAAAGAGAACGUGGGUAAUCUUGGGGAUUCAAGACCCUGUUCACCCGUUGAUACCGGGAAACAGCAAAGAGGGACGCUCAAGAGCAGCAAGCCCAGUGGAAAUCACAAUGGGGAGGAGGGUGGUAUUGUUGUCCACACAGAGAAGCAAGAUGGCGAGAAAGAGAACGGAGGAAAGCUUGUUGGUUCGAGGCCUUGUUCGCCCCCGGCAGCGGCGCAGCAGCCAGUGGGCACGUUGUGGAAAAGCAGUGAAAGGAGAACAGCAGAACAAACCAGCAAGGAGACGAGGUCCGUGUUCACCCUUUUCAAAAACCUGGAGGCCAUGGGGGAGAACCACGGGAAAACCCCUCCUGAGCUCGGAAACUACUUCAGUCCACCGAGCAAGGACAAACAGGCGAGUCAGACGAGUGCAGCGAGGGGGAAGCAGCAACAGGAGAAUGUGUACACAGAGCCUGGGGCUCCCCCCAUCAACCCGGUGCCCAAACCCCGACGUACCUUCGAGCAUCCAGCCAGCGCCACCAUCGGGAAGAGUCAGGGUAAGGGGAGGGAGCAGAGGAACCUGCCCCCUCUGCCCUCCGUCUCCACGAAGACUUCCUCAAAACCCCCAUCUGGAGUCUACGGGAGACCCAGGGGAGAGAGAGUCAGAGACAGCAGCAGGAAACCCUUUGAGUUUGAAGAGCUCACAGGGUCAACUAGCCUGCUCCCCCCUCGCUCCCUGUCUCAGGACCAUCACUAUGAAGACAUCCCAGACUUGUCCAAAGAGAACCCAUAUGAGGACAUAGAGUUGGAGAGUCAAUGCUCCCAGCAGUCUUUGCCCUCCUCUCCUGGCGCCGACACCACCAAGGGCUUGAGGCCCGGCUUCUUCAGGCAGAAUUCAGGCAGAAGCUUCAAGCUGCUGGACCUGCGGAGAACGAACCAGUCUCCUCACAGCACCAGCAGCGGGGGCGUUUCAUCUCCACCCCAGCUUAGCCCUCCGUCCACUCCCACUCUGCCUGAACACGCUUCCUUGGGGCACGGAGAUCCUUACAGCCGCACCUGCCGUAGGAUACCAACGGUUGUACUGAGAAUCAACAGCAUCUUUGAGGCUCGGAUCGGGAAGAAACGUCUCCGUAGGAUGUAUCAUUACGCCGAGACAAGCUCAGGGAGAGUUACGGAUGAGAACAGUGACUCUGAGAGUGAAGUUGAAGAAAGAGCAAAAGCUCAUCGUCGGCGCCUCGCGUCGGUCAAGUCCGUACUGAGCCAACCUAACCAGGCCCACUACAACGGAGCCAACCCCAGAAACAUCUCUCUGGAGCUGGAGCGCCACCAGCGUCGCCUCUUUGAGUAUUUUCUAGUCGUGUCACUGCAGAAGUCGAAGGCUGGCGCGCACUAUUUGCCGGAGGUCACGCAGCAGUUUCCCCCAAAGCUGGAGCGAAGCUUCAAGUUCAUGAGAGAGACGGAGGAUCAGCUGAGGAUCAUUCCUCACUUCUGCUUCCCUGAUGCAAAAGAUUGGAAGCCGGUGGAGAACUACCCAAGUGAGAUGUUCUCCUUUGUUUUGACUGGAGAAGAUGGGAGCAGGAGGUUCGGAUACUGCCGGCGAUUACUGCCCAGCGGGAAAGGAAAACGUCUACCAGAAGUCUACUGUAUCGUCAGUCACCUGGGCUGUUUCAACCUGUUCUCCAAGGUGCUGGAUGAGGUGGAGAGGCGGAGGGCUUUGUCUCCAGCCCUUGUGCAGCCUUUUAUGAGAGCCAUCAUGGAGGCUCAGUUCCCAGCUCCGGGCAGAACCAUCACCAUCAAAACGUUCCUCCCUGGCUCAGGCACGGAGGUGAUGGAGCUCUGUCGGCCCACUGACUCCCGCCUGGAGCACGUGGACUUUGAGUGUCUGUUCUCCUGUCUGAGUCUGCGCCUGCUCCUCCGGGUGUUGGGGUCGCUGCUGCUGGAGCGGCGGGUCAUCUUCACCGCUGACAAGCUCAGCACUCUCUCCCAGUGCUGCCACGCCGUCGUGGCCCUGCUCUACCCCUUUGUGUGGCAGCACACCUACAUCCCCGUGCUGCCCUCGGCCAUGCUCGACAUUGUCUGCACCCCCACCCCGUUCCUCGUCGGCCUGCUGUCCAGCUCCCUGCCGCAGCUCACUGAGCUGCCCCUGGAGGAGGUUCUGGUCGUGGAUCUUGGAAACAGUCGAUUUCUCAGACAAUUGGACGAUGAGGACUCCAUCCUGCCCUCUAAGCUCCAAUCCGCCCUGGAGACGGUUCUGGAGAGGAGAAGAGAGCUGGCUCACGAGAGAGGAGGAGACACACCCGGUGAUCCGGGCCACCUUAGCACCGUUGUGUCUGAGGCCUUUGUGCGUUUCUUCGUGGAGCUGGUAGGCCACUAUCCACUCUUCAUCACAGGGGAACGGGAAGAUGGCUACUCGUCCUCUUCCUCCUCCACGGUCUCCUGCUCCUUCCUGCGAGAGGGUUUCCGUAAGGCGAUCCUGUCCAAGACCGUGCGUCGCUUCCUGGAGGUCUUCAUGGAGACCCAGAUGUUCGGCUGGUUCAUCCAGGAGAGAGAGCUUCACCGGCAGGCACUAAGAGGACUGUUUGAGGUGAGGGUUCAGGAAUACCUAGACUCCAUGCACGAGAAUGAACACCGGAGGGUUAACCGGUUUCUCAAAGGCUUGGGAAACAAAAUGAAAUUUCUUUCCAAGAAAUAAUGCCGUCAUGAAACGCACAGGAAGGAGACGCAAACAAAAGAGAAGAAGCACCGAAACGAGGAAAGAUUUCCCGGACUGCAGAAGUCAAACAAAAGAAAUGAUCAUUGGAGGGUUAUUUUUCACAUAUGCUCGUUCACGCCUCUCCUCUUGGCUCAUGAUGGACACAGUGAGGAAGUAGCAAAUCCCAUAAAGGGAAAUCCGGCUGAGUAAGAAGAGGAGAAAGUAUAGCUGUCAGUCAAGCUUUCACUGUAUUGUCACCUGAAAGUUCACACCACCGAACUCUAAAAGUCCACAAGGGGGCAGUAGUUUAUUUUCUAUGGUUAGAUGAUCUUUCAGUGACCAGAAAAUGCUUUGCUGGUCUUCAAUGUUUUUUUUCUUUAAAUAUCAAAACAGUGACAACAUAAAUAUUUUCUGUUUGGGGUUUUGAAUUUGAACUUAAGAUACCGUCUUAAUGUUGUUGUGUUUCCCCCCCAUUGAAACAAAUAUAAUCAAUGCAUUACAUACAUACAGUAGAGUUUCAAUGUCUUUAUUGUAAACUUUGUAAAUCUAUUCCCCCACCUCCCCUCCAGUUUGUGGAUUGUAAAUGGUCAGGUAAAUUGAUGGUAUGACCAUACUAAUGACUGUGCACAACAUAUUUAUUUUUACACACUGGAAAAUGAUGAGCUCAAAAUAAA